ACCCAAAGUCCACUAGCCACGGAUUUCGAACCCAUUUAGAAUGGGCCAGCCCUAAUUCGACCCGAUUUUGGGUUAAACUUCAACCUGUCUCCAUACCGAAAUCUUUGCCAGCAUUACUAAAAGCAUGAAGAUCUUAAUCAGAAAUGAACAUUGUGCGCACUCUAGCAGCAUUAGAAAUCAUGAAGUAAGAAGACCAGCAAGUUCUUUGUAACCCAUUUCCAGGCUUGGUGAUGCUGGUUUCCUUUUGUAAUCCAGAUGCUUCCAAUGUCUUGCAAAUGUUGAUGUCUUACACUCUACAAGUACAACAUGGCUAUCAGAGCAGCAAAGUUUUGCAGAUCCUUUCUUCCUCUACAUUGUCGUCUCCUCCAAUAUUGUUCCAUCUACUCAAUCUCUUCAUCACAGAUGCUCCAAGAAACUAUAAAAAAUGCGGUUGAAGCCAAAACCUACCAGAAAAUUCCCUAUCUUCUCAAAUCCUCUGCUCAAGCUUGCCAAAACCCAAAUCCUUUCUCAUUCCUUUCAACCUUUCCCCACAACCUUAGAACGCAAGUGGUUGAUGAAAUUUUGCAGUCUUUCAUCCCUCUAAGACCUCGCUCUCGGGCUCAGAUUGCCUAUUCCUACCUCCUGUCCUUUACAUUGCAAUGCUCCAAUCCCUUCCCUCUUGCUCUUGCCAUCCUCCAACGAACUCUUCGCUCUGGUUGCAUUCCUGUCCCCCAAACCCUUCUUCUCCUCUCUUCUGCUUGGCUGAACUGCCGGAAUGAAUCUCACUCUGUCUCUAAGAUCCUAUUAGAAAUGCAGUCAAUUGGAUAUCAUCCGGACUGUGGUACAUGCAACUACCUUAUAUCAUCUUUGUGUUCUGUUGAUCAGUUGAAUGAGGCAGUGAAAGUCUUAAAGGAAAUGAGUAGGGCAGGAUGUGUUCCUGAUUUGGAGAGUUUUGACACGGUAAUUGGUGCAAUGUGUACUGUCAGAAGAACAGCUGAGGCAAUAGAUAUGAUUAAGCAAAUGGUAGAGAAAGUUGGGUUGACACCAAGGCAGGGGACGAUUGCAAAAGUGGCAGCAGCAUUGCGAGCAAACAGAGAUAUAUGGAGAGCAGUUGAGAUGAUUGAGUUCUUAGAGAGGGAUGGCUACCCUGUCGGCUUUGAGAGCUAUGAGUUGGUGGUUAAUGGGUGCUUGGAUUGUGGUGAGUAUAUUUUGGCCGGGAAAGUGGUGAUGGGGAUGACAGAGAGAGGUUUUAUACCUUAUAUUAGGACCAGGCAGAAGGUUGUUGAGAGGUUGGCUGGUGCUGGUGAAUGGAAGCUGGCUUGUUCUGUGAGGCAAAGAUUUGGAGAGUUGAGGUCUUAGCUCCUUGUAUUUAUUCUUUGGGUCCAUGGAUUGGAGUUCUUUGCAUAGAAGGGAGCUGGUACUCAGACCAUUGCCUAUGUCGCACAGAAGAGCUGGCUUGUUCAAUGUUGCUUUGUUCUGCAGUUCAGCUUCUUAAAAGUCUGUUGUAAUUUGAUGGUAAAUUCAUGGUGGUUAAUUCUCCAUACAAAGGCCAAAUAGUGUUUGAGAUGAAAAAUUACUUCUUACAACUGAACAAAUUUGCGUGUUUAAACUUUUCUGGACCCAAAUGUAACAGAAUUUUAAAUUAGCACUAUAAAUGUAAACAAUUAUCAACAAAAUUUAAAUAAUUUAUUUUUAGUUAGAGAGAAUGAAGGUGGGAUUGACAGAAUGAGAAAUGCUCUUCCUUUUCCAUUGAAA